AUGCCGCACCUUCCCCACGGCGCCCAAGCUCAGAAGCGGGCUCGUACGACGCUGUUCCCCUGGUAUGUGAAGGUAGAUCCGGACGGUGAUGCUCUUGAGAUUCCUGGCAGCGGUAGCUGGACUGAUCUCAACAAGAGCCAUCGUGACCUGGUUGCUCCUCACGCUACGCCUUCCGGAUUUCCCAACAUGUACGGCAAGAUCCAAUCUCGAUUCCCCGCCGCUGUCAAGAUGCCGAGCCUUGGGCCACUCUGUGAUGCCCUCAUUGCUCAACGUCGAUGGUCUGAUCCUUCCGUCGUCAAGGAAUGUCGAGAAGUACUGGAAAUGAUAUGUGAAGAUGACCCUAGCCGCUGGAUGGCGUACGUCGAGGCGUGGCGGAAAAAGGCUGCUGAGGCGGUUCACGAAUGUUGGAAACUUGUCGAGCAGCUUGAAGAGGAGGCAUACCCUGACAAGGGCUACUUCGCGAAUGGAGAAAACUGGGGUGCUAUCAGUCCGCCGGAUGAGUCGAUUGAAGUCGACUAA